AUCAGGACAGACGGACAGACGGCGUCCUGGUUCAUGUCGUCGGCGUGAUCGAUCAUGGCUCCGAGGAGGUUUGAAACCAAACCAGUGAUCUUCUGUCUGAAGACGCUGCUGCUGCUCUACUCCUUCAUCUUCUGGGUCUCAGGGGUGGUCCUCCUGUCUGUGGGACUAUGGUGGAAGUUCAUGUUGGGCCCCUACAUGUUGUUGAUCUCCAGCAGCCCCUCCAAUGCCCCCUAUGUCCUGACGGGAACUGGGGCCGCCAUCAUCCUGUUUGGGCUGUAUGGUUGCUUCGCCACCUGCAGGGGGCGCCCCUGGAUGCUGAAACUGUACGCCGUGUUUCUGUCUCUUGUCUUCCUGACUGAACUCAUCGCUGGAAUCUCUGGAUUCAUCUUUCGCCAUGAGAUUAAAGGGACGUUUCUGACCACGUACAGCGACGCCGUGAUGAGAUACGACGGACGAGAUGACCGCAGUCUGGCUGUGGACGGAGUUCAACGCAGACUUCACUGCUGUGGCGUCUAUAACUACACCAGCUGGUUCAGCAGCGUCUAUUUCCCUGUCAGCGGCGUUCCCUCCAGCUGCUGUGUCAGUUUCUCUGACUGCAGCUCAGCCGACCUGAAGAACAUGACGCUGGCAGCAGGGAAAGUCUACAAACAGGGCUGCUACGAGCUGGUGACGGCGUUCAUAGAGAGCAACAUGGGAAUCAUUGCUGGAGUCACCUUUGGCAUCGCCUUCUCUCAGCUGGUCGGGAUGUCUCUGGCAUGUUGUUUAUCACGCUUCAUCAACGCCAACCAGUACGAGAUGGUGUGACAGAAAUGAGAUGAGGAUGCUCGUCACCAUGGAAACCUGGCAUCACAACCACACAGCAUGAAUAAACCCAUUGACAUUCCUCUGCUAUUUAUUUUCUAGACUUUAAAACAGGAUUCCCCGUGUAUUUCUGUCUUUGUUUGUCUCUAUGUUGAAGCUGAUUGGUUGAUUCCCCUGGUCGUGUGUGAACGUGUGGAGGCUCAGGUCAAAUUAAACUAAAAUAUAUGCACAUGUAAUUACAAUGAUGACAUUAAAUGACUUCAGAAUAAUGGCGCUGUGCUGAGGUUUUUGUUAAAACAGUCUGAUGGAAACUGAGAGACAAGUUCAAUCUCCCAUUAAGAUGUGGUUGAUAUUAGUAAAAAUGUGGGUUUUAAUAGAAAAUACGUCAUCCCAGAUGAAAUUUCAGAUUAUAAAUGUAAUAAAAGAUUUCUACUUGU